AUGAGUACAGGUCGACUUGGCGAGGAAUUAACCUCAUUGUACAACAUGAAGAUUCUUAUUGUUUUGCUUGCGGUCAUGUUGGUUUGUUCAGCUAACUCUGUGGAAAGAGAAAGGGACCCAGAAGUACUGGACUCAGAAGUACUCGAUUCAGACUUAGUUCGAAAGAGUCGUUCAUGUGGUGACAAGUUUCGCUUCCGAACCUGUAUCAGGGCUCGCCGUAUGCCUUCUAACUGCAGCAAGCUGUACUUCAAAAUCGGCUGCAGACGAAUGUGCGCCCUAUGUUGAUGUUUUCUACUGGCAACACUGAUGUGAGCCAAGAUGACAAGCCGGAGUGUCCUUUAUGAAGUGAUUAUUUCAUUAUUACUCAGUGUAUCUGUUAAAACCACCUUUAAGGGAAAUAAAAAUUUGAAAAUCAA